AUCCAACCGGUUGGAAUGAAGGCUCCCUUUUUUUAUUCUUUCAACGGACCCCGAUGGAGAGAUGAUCCUUGCAUUCCCAAAUCUGGAGUUAUAUUUGCAAGCCUUCGGUUAUCCCAGAAGGGCCCUGUCGCUGAAGCCCUACAUGGGUAGUGCGAUGAUGAGACUCGAAACCGUUUCGGAAACUGUGUAGUGUGCAAUGUCAUGGCGUACCUCGUUUGAAUGGUACUUCGACCAUGCCCUACUCUUACUAUAGCUUUACUGUCGAUCUAUGGAUGGCCCCUUUGUCUCGGUGAAUUUUGUUUGCAAUUCGUUACGUGUUGUCACACUGUACGCUCAGGCCUGGAUGUGGCCUCUGGAUAUAACUCUUACAUGUACCCACGUCUGAUGUCAGUUUCUAGAUUUUUCUUUGUUUGCUUGCUUGCUAUUGAUUCUUGUCGAUCAACUCUUUUUGUUGUCUAUUCACACGUUGAACAUUCUGUUUAUGGUGUUGCUAUCUGACUUUUGUUUAUUGGUUAUGUCUGUGAUGGGGAUUGAUGUAUGUGAAUCCGAUGUA